UUGUAUCGAACUUACAGUUUUCUAUCAAUCUUACGCUUCUUGAUCCAAAGGAAAUGAAGGAACGGAUGUGAUUUAUUAUUCCGCGGCAGAGAGAGGCUGUACGUAAAGCGUUUCCAGACUGUGCAGGGAAAGACAUUUGUUCAUCACGGUCGCGCCGAGUAAGGAAUCAGGAUAGCGUAAGAAAGCAGUUUAUGCGGCGUGACGAGUGACGAGCCGAAGACAGACGUGUCACGCGGAAGAGCCGAGAGGACGCAUCGCGUUCGCGCGAACGUUCGAAGAAUUCAUCGACAAGGACCAGUGGCCAAUGAUGUGUUUUUUCAUCUGGUUUUACGUAUGUACAUAGGCACCAAUGUUAUGUAUAUGCCGGGCGUGUCCAGGCCGUUCGUUGGCCUUUCCUCGGAUUUGAUUUCCUUUCGAAUCGCCGCGUAUAUUCCCGACUCGUCCGUGCAGGCUGCAGCGAUGGAAACUGGACUGACUGGCUUUAACGGCGCGUCUCAGGCUCGCGUCCGUGAUGGCCGUACGUGCGACCGUGCGACCCACGUGAACGUAUACGAGAGGCUCCUACAUUUGCGACCACUGUCGCACGCUGCGUUCGUGUGCAGCGUGCACACGCACGUACGCCGCGCGCCCGUUCGCGAGAGGGAGAGAAUCCCUCGAGAAUGCAAGCGCGUUGAAUCGUCGUGCGUCAAAUAGAACGUGACGAGGAGCGCGGCGGCAGCCUGCAGAUACCAUUGUGACCGGUUGCAUAAACCCGCCAUCUUGGUAUCCUCAAGGACGCGCAUCGAAUCCUAAGGUCAACGCACUCGACUCACAUCGACCGCCCUCCGCCUCCUCCGCCGCUUCGUCGUUGACUUCUUUUUCUGGACCUUUCCCUCCUACCCCUCCGCUUGCCACAUACUUCUUUCUUUCUCGCUUCCAUCGUUGCUCGCUGGUAUCGCGUUUCUCUUGCUCUUGCUCGCGGGUGAGAUGGAGAAUCUCAUCUGGCCACGAGCGGGAUGUCACUGCCAUUAAUCCCGCCGAUACGGCCCUGGCCAGAGUCGGUCGAGCCUCGGGCCGUCUUCCUCAUUUUCUUCUUCUCCUUCUCUCUCUCCUACCUCUUUCUCUUUCCAGCUCUUUCUCCACCUUUUGCUUCUUCUUCUUCUCUACUCUUUCGAUCUUACGACCUCCGCUUCUCGUACAGAAUGAUAAACGCAGGAUAUUCCGCGAGCACCAUCGACCGCAUCCCCGUAUAAAGUACUGGGUCGUUAGAGACGGCAUUUAAUCUUGCGCAAAAAGCACAACUGUGAACUGAACUGAUUAGAGACGCUUCGGUGAGCAGUCUUUCAAUCGGCCAUACCCUUGUAACUUUCUAACCGAGAGUGUCAGGAUCCGACGAGAAUCAGAUCGAUACCGGUAGCACGCGAUAUCAUGAUGAUAAAGGCAAACGUCUGUUGCGUUUGAGAAUGCGGCUAGCCGAUGUUAUAGCUGUGUUUCGCGUUUAAUUAUCUAUAUAUAUAUAUAGCGGCGAAAGGGGAUCGGGAAAUAACCGGGACUUUGCACGAGAAUGUCUAUUGCUGGCAAAACAUUAAAAUACGCGAAACACGCUAGGUAGAAACGCGUUCCAGCGUUAAAUAAUUGCGCGAGGGUACAAACGUGAAAGAAUCAAGUCGGUGAACUUCUAUCGAGGGAAUCGACCUUUCUCACGUAAGAUCGAUCACAAGAAUCAACCAAGAGAGACAAAAGUGUUAAGAUCUUUGGAGUAAUCGUAUGGUGAAGUAAGAGACAAGUAAAUCGCCGGUGACCAGAGAGCCGAGGUAAAGCGGAAAGAAAAAGAAGAAGGAUCGGGAGCCGAAGAAGAAGCGAAGGAAGCAAAGGGAGAAGAAGAAAAAGAAGGAGGCGAGGCCUGACCCCGGCCAUCUUGGCCUGCAGGGUUGUUCUAUUUAUAUCACGAACUUAGCUAUAUUUAGCUUACAGGGCCCCGCAGGAAAGCGAGCGAAGAAGAGAGUUUAAGGGCGCGGCGGAGUAGAGUGUGGAGGAGAACCGAGAAGGGCUGCAGGUAUGUGGUGACGCGAAGGGAGUAGAACGAGACAAGUGGGCCCCGAACGAUCGCCCAACGACAGAGGAAGAAGAGGGGCAGAGGUACGCCCAACACGGUCGCCUCGGUAAUCCGCCUGACGAAUACAUUAACACUCUCGAGUCUCGCUAUCUCGCGCGAUUUCCGCCAUACCUGGGCCCACUCAAUACCUCGUACUCAUACUUUAACCCGUUCUAUACAUGCGUGUAAUGUAUUGACUAGCACUUCAAGUUCAGGUCAACGCAGCUUCGAUCACUUCUUGAACGCGUGAGAGUUCGAUGUUAUUCAAAGAUCCACGAAGUACCGGAUAAUCAUGCUAUGCUUAGUUGCCUAUUUGUAUUUUCCUAAAUGUAAAUGCGUUGAAAUAGAAAUUGAAAUAAAAGAGAUAGCAACCUUAAUUAGCGACAGACCUAAAACUAUAAUAAAUAUGAAUUCUCGAGAAAAAUGACGAAAAUGAAGUAACAAUUGAAUUCCGAUAUAUAUAUCACUCAUUUUUAAUAGUUUUUUCAUUUGCAAUUAUAUAUUGCAAAUGAAAAAACGGAGGUUUAGAUUGAUACAAAAUAGGAUAAUGAUACGAUGUUCAAUGGAAUUUGAAAAUUUAUCGAGUUACGAUAUCUUCUCGAAACCAUAGAAAUUACCUUUUUUGUAAACUUAAUAGUAACCUUCUGAAAUUGCUGCUUCGCUUUGUUCAAGUCUUCAUUACGUUCCCCAGAACAAUCGCGAUAUCUCAGAACGUGUAAAAUUCAUGGCGCGAAAAGGGGGAGUCACGAUAGACGCUUCACCGACUUCAGGGCGGCUAUAUGCUCGUGUCGGCCUAUCGAGGUUAUCGCGGUCCCCGCCGUAAAUUCAAGCCCCAACAACCCCGAUUACUCCCGCUCUUCCUCUUUCUUUCUUUCUCUUUCUUUCUUCCUUCCUUCCACCUUACUCUCACUCUUCUUCUUCGAGGCCCGAUGAACUCGCGUUGCUAUUUCGAGUACGCGAAAAGAUCCGUAGCUUCCACCGGGUAUGUAUUAUGAAGAAAGCUAUACGAGGAAUGAGUACGAAGACAGCCAUAUAUCCCAGUCGUACGUACUGACCACAUACCAGACGUGAACACUUACAAUCGACAUAAGGUCCAAACCUUCGUGCCACGACCGAGCAUUCGCGGUUGCUGUCGCGAACUGCCGUGCUAAAUCAUCCUAGUUGAGGAAGAAGUGGUCUUAUACCGAAGAAGUGCCACGUAUAUCUACGCGAAGGAAGAGAGAAGAGAGCCCUUCCGCUAGAAAUUCUCAAGGAGAUCGAGCACUGGGAAGUGAAGAAAUAAAAGCAAGAAAGAAUAAUAUUCUGAUAAGUCAUUAUACAAACAAGAAGUCUAUGACACAACGUUAAAUAUAAUACGUGUAGUAAUAUAUUCAGUUUUUUCAUUUAUGAGAAUGAUUACAUUCUCAUAAAUUAUUUAUUAAUGGCGCAAAAUUUCGUAUAUUUUAACAAAACAAUAUUUUUGGAGAACACACCUUUUGAUUUUUAUUUAAUUAUGAUGAUACGGACUAAAUUCAUAAGUUGGAUAUGUUCUUUCGUUUUCCUAUGAGGAAUUAUAAGAUAAUUUUAAGUUAUCUAAACGGACAAACAUCCGUCAUUGAGAACGCAGAAUUUUACGAUUUUAACCCUUUCUGAGUAUUUCGUGUUCAAAAGAUUCUUGUUCGUCCAAAUUUCUUGCAAGUUCAAUGGAUUAUUAUUUAAUUAUUUUCUAAAGUAAAGUUUUAACACUUGUUCUAGAAAGUUUUAGAAAGCUGAAAAUAUGUUACUAAAUUUUUAUAAAUUUUUUGAACCAUUUUGAGUAAGUGAAAACAAAUGAACAGAUUUGAAAUACCCAAAAUCGUAUCGUAAAGGUUAGAAUUCUUACCUGCGAUUGACCCAUCCGCCUCUCGUGACUACGUCCUUCUACACGUUCCAGACUGGGAAGUUCAAUUUAUCGUGUUGUAAUUUUCGCGGAGACGAUAAUUAUUUUCUUCCGCGACGUGCGGAUUUGCGUUUCACGUUCUUCGCCGCAAACGACAGUAUCGUCCUUUCUGGAUUCGAGUGGAGUGACGUGCGAACAGUAAUCGAACGAUAGCGAUUUUUCAUUGAGCGUCACCGAGACCGCGCAAUUUUCAUUGAAACCGACACUGUUUAUUAAAGUUUGUGCCAAAUUUCUACAUUUGAUGCGCACUGUGUAUUUACCAGUUUAGCUAAUGAAAUACGCUUGUUUAAUUCGAGCAACCAGGGGUAGAGCGGAUCCGCGGUAGGCAGUUCCACAACAGGCACACGCGGAGUGAAGUACGCCGCUAAUCUGCUCGCUCGAAUCUCGAAUGUCGCGGGACGCGAGUGAUAACACGUUGACUUUGCCGACAGCGCACGUCGCGCGCGCAAGGUUACACGCCCCGUCAGCUGUUAUGAAAAGCAACAAAGGGUAGAGUGGAUCGUUCGUUCUUUUCGUACGUUUCGCGGAAUCACGCAUCGUGGCUGUGGCUAUAACUGAUCGGCGGGGGUAUCGUGCGACAUAAUGCGUAAUCGUCUCUCACUCCAUCGCUUUCGACAAUUGGCAUACUUGACGCGUUCCCGCGAGAGUCGCGAGUGCGUACCUAACCAAGAAACGUGAAGUGCCGGACGGACGCUUUACCUCCGAAUUACCUAAUUGUCGAAGGGGAGUCGUAUCACGAGAAGCAGUACCGCGACCGGCAUACGCAGAGUGAAGGGCACCCACGCAGUCGCGGGUAAUCGCUGGGCGCGAGUGAUAACGCGGUGAUCUUGUCGGCGGCGUGCCUCGCGUACACAAGCUAGGUUACGCACGCCGUCGUUCGUUCUCUUCGUGUACGUUUCGCGGAAUCUCGCGUUGUAUACGUGGCUGUAACUAAUCGAGGGAAAUGUCGUGCGAAGUAUCGCGUAAUCAUCUCUUUCUCCAUCAUUUUCGAUGAUUGGCACAACCGAUACGUUUCCGCGAACGCCGCGAGUGUGAGCCUAACCCUAACCAAGAAUUCUGAAGUACCGGGCGGAGGCUUUAACAAUCAUCUAAUUGUCGAGGGGGAGUCGCGUUAUGAGAGGCAGUAUCGCAACGGGUAGACGCGGAGUGAAGUACGUCGCAGUCGCGGGUGGUCGCGGGGUGCGAGUGAUAGCGCGAUGAUCUUCCCAACGGCACGCGUCGCGCGCGCAAGGUUACGCGUGCCUUCGAUUGCUAUCGAGCAAAAUGAAGGGCAGAGCGGAUCGUUUAUGCUUUGCAUACGUUUCACGGAAUUACACAUUCAUGUGCGUGGCUAUAACUGAUCGGCGAAAGUAUCAUGCAAAGUAUCGCGUAAUCGUUUCUUCAUCAUUUUCCACGAUUGGCAUAACCGACGCUUUCCGCUAAUGCCGCGAGUGUGAACCUAACCAAAAAAUUUGGAGUGCCGAGCGGAGACCUGGGGAAUCGGCGUCAAACGACGGCGGAGCUGCGCCACCAGGUAAAUAUGCCGAUAGGCUUCAUAAACGCGAGUGUCGUUCAGUAUCGCGCGAAAGACAUUUAGUGAUAAUUAAUCUGUGCGCGUAAUUACCAGCGAUGUUUCGCGAGUGUUGUGUAAUUUGAGGAAAGGACCUGACAACCUGAGAGGAGGAGGAGGCUUGGGAGAAGCCGCAGGCGCCGGCGGAGCAACAUUGCGAAUCAACGUAGUCAUCGUAGCCAAUAACUCCGCUGUUGCGCAUCAGUCGGUCACAGUCACCGGUUCAACCACGACCAGUACGAAUACAGUCCAUCCUAGUGUAAACGAUAUGGACUGGUUCGCCGGAGUGGCCGAAGAAGAAUUAUUGUAUUAUACUGGCGUCGGCAACGACGUCGAUUCCCUGUGGGCUGUUAUCGGGAGUUUUGUACCGCCGCCACCUAGACCACCUUAUCUACCCGAAGAGAGCAUCACCACCGAUGGGCUCACCACCUGCGAUUUGUGUUCGUGGGCAUGGAGAAACGAUAGGCAUUCUUUUUCCCUGGACGGCACCCUUGAAGCUCCUGGAGAACUUGGAUGGGUGCUGACUCUUGUCAUAGUGUCUUUAGUAUCAGCCGGUAUCGGGGCAGUAGUGAUGAUGACUCUUCUUCACUGUCGAAGGAUAAAAAGCGCUGGUGGCAGAGCGAGUUGCUGCGGCGUCGGUGUGGAGGAUUCGAAUGUGCCCGAGGCCGGCGGGCCCGCGGGGGCAGGUGGCACCGCCGGCGGGGUGGCCGUCAUACCCGAUCGGCCGCCUCUCGAAUUAGACAAAUUACCGCCUUAUCACGACGUAGCGCCUAGUCCCGGGCACAACGUUUGGUCGUGGUUGGGCUCUCGGCGAGGUGGCGGCACCCCGGGAGUCGUCACGACGCCGCUCUCCCUUCCUCAGCACCGACGGGCGAUGAAUCUCCCGGUAGAGAAUCACUACACCCACAUGCAAACCGACGAGGCUCUCUAUGCGGAACUAGACUCGCAGGCCGCGAGCUACGCGAGCGAUCUACAGUUGCAAAUGAGAGGAAGCUCUACGUACGGUACGACUUCCGGCGGCCAGGACGACGAAUAUCACGAACUGGACGCUGCCAGAUUACAUCGUCAUUACGGAGGUAGCGACGGAUCUCUACAGACGGAUACGCUUCGUACUCGACACAGUAAAAGGAUACAAGAGCCGGACUACGAGAUGUACGAGAAUGGGCCGUCGACGCCGAUACCGCCGGGUCAGCAUCAGCAUCAUCAUCGCCAUCACCAUCACCAUAACCAUCACCAUCACCAUCAGGAACUGAGGCUCGGUAGUAGGAACAGCGAGCAUCAUCCCUCGUAUCAGAAUACAGCGUACACCGGAAGCGACGCCGAACCGGAUGGACCGACGCUGAGCAGUGCCCCGAGCAGCGCUUAUUACAGCGAUCUCAGCUCGAAUUCGGCGAAUCAGCAGAUGCCAGCCAUGACGAUACCGUCUGCGACGGCGACAACGGCAACGACAACGUCGACAACGACGAGUCUGCACCUGAAUCCACAGAAUCUCGACACGCCGCAGUACAGACUGGCGGCAAUCAAUGAGAACACAGUGCCUUCGGAUUACAUUUAAGAGAUAAUCUUUUUCGAAACAGGUGACGAGAAGAGUCACCUUUGUAAUAGGCAAUUGUUCGCUUGUGAACGAGGAGUCUUCGCGUAGUAUUUAUAUAAUUUAACUCGUUUCCUGCGAGAACGAUAGGAAGGUGUCCUUGUAAUAAAAAGUAGGAGUAAGCGGAGGUGAGACCGGAGGAGACACGAAAGACUGUGAAAUUUUUCGUCAUUGUCGUCGUGACUCGAAAGUUUCUUCAAGACAGUGUUUCACGGUGCUCAGUUUCAAGUUUUACCCGUACAAGAGGAAUUGAAAUGAUCACGUUUGGCAAGAGCGUUGUUUAAUCGGCGGAUGUAUCGGGGACCGGUUCCGGAUAAAAUCGAUUUCUUGCUCGGUAACGCUCCAGUUGCUCCUUUGUCGCCACACUUUGUGGUCCUGUUAAGACAAUCGACGGAUCAAGCGACGCGAAUCGAUCGGCAUCGCGGCGCGUUCUCCCCUUUGCUUUUACGCGUUAAUAAAAUACUAGGUAUUCAAUGUCUCGAUACUGAUUUUUUUUAACGGUAAAAGACAAGCGGAAGAUAAACCGGUUGACAGGUAAGUGACCAGAGAGAAUCGUGCCGGCGCGUUGGAAUUAAUGGAAUUAAUACACGAUUAAGCGCUAUUCUCGCCAAGACAAAAUCUGCGAUCUCGACAAAAAUAAUUCAAGCUGCUAAGCCGUUAACCGCGCGUCGUAACCGCGCGAUCGAACACGCUCGUUAGAAUAUUGAUAAAUUCAUGUUCACGUUUGCCUAAGAUGCAUCGUGGCUAUGCGAAUCUUACGAGUAACUGCGGGACCGCUCAGCGGCUCAGGCGUGACGCUCGAUUUCCACUCGGUAAACGCAAAGCAAAAACAUAAUGAUACCGCGCACGAAGAAUCGCGCGUUGCGGUUUCCAAUCAGUAAUAACACGCGGAGAUAUAAAAUUGAUGCCGCUCCGACGUUCCCGUGAAAGUCAACCAGCGCUAGGCGAAAAAAAAUGGACCGCCAUUAUUUCUGCCACCGUUUAUGUCAAUUAGAGAGAGAGAGAAGCGAAAUUUCAGACCUACAUUACGUGAGCGAUCGGCGGCAACGCAUAAAACAUUGUUCUGUUCAAAUUACUGUAGCUGAUGUACUGAUGGGAUAAGAUUGCAUAUAGCAAAAGUAACCUUGCAUUAAAUUUGAUAGUCUAUAUAAGAAAUAAAAAUGCGAUGCGAAUUGUAAUAAAUUGAAAGUGAAGCAAGAAAUUGAAAAAUUAUGGUAAACAUUUUUGCUUGGAAAAAAUCAAUUUGAAAUUGAUUUUUUCCAAGAGUUUUCGAUCAAUAAGUAACGCAGUAGAGAAGUGAAACUGCUGCGAGAAGUAGGCUUGAGAAGUAGUAUUUUACGAGAUUCUAACGCAUUGGAGGGUUAAUUCGAAAUCCAAUCGGAUAUUUUCACGAGUGUGAUUAUAGACGAAGAGGAGAAUCCACGCGGCAGAUUCGAGACGUCUAAUAUACGAUACGAAUGAAAUGAAGUCGUUUUGAAGAGCAGGUGCCCCGUAAUUUGACGUUCGGGGCUGCCAGUCAGCGCCCUCGGCUAUCGUCCGUCCGCGUUCUCUAAGCGUCCGCCACGGCGCCGUGGCAUUCUCGGCCAGCAUCCUUCCAUGCCUGCCGUGCGCAAAUGAGGUCUCCUUUUCACGUGCGUGCCUCGAUUAUGGAAAAUUGCAGAAUUCCGUGCCGCUAAGUCGGAUCACGAUGCUCAAACGUAGUACGUAUACGAUAGUCGCACGAAAUAUCUCUCGGCGAGCAUUUUAUUAUAUUAUUUUCUGUCUUUCAUUUCUGCACGAGAUGGACUAGACGGUGCACAAUACAGCUACCAAUCGCAGUGUAAUAUUGUUAACGGAUAAAAAGGACUGCUCGUUAAGUCUGUUCAACGACUUGGUUGUCUGAUUCGUCGAAAUUUUGUGCUAAAGUAUUCAGGAUAACAAAAUUGCCUCUCUUUUUUAGCGAGAGAGACGGAAGAGACGUAUUACAGCAAACGAAUGCAAGCUAAUGCGCACAAUAAAAUUGUCUUCGUGGCCUUGUCGUGCGAUACACGGCAACGAAUUGUGAGAAAUAUUUUCUGGUAGCACUGGACGUAAUCGUAUAUGAACUGAACUUGGUUCGAGGAAUCGCGUCGAAUCGCGUUCACAUGUCACGCGAGGCGAGGGAUCACCGUUCAAGCACUAAAUAGGUUUCAGUCUUGGCAGCGUAUCGGUUUCAAUCGUUUAUCCUCGAUUCCCGAUCGACGGCGGAAUUAAUUCGUCUCGCUCGAUUCGGCGGGGAAUCGUUUAAUCGUCGCCGUCAUGUUCUCUUAAUUACCUUCUCAGGCGAAGCCGAUUGUUCCCCUCGUCGGGACACAAACCCAAGAAGAAGACCGCGUUCUCUCGCUUCGCCUCGGGAUUCUCCGGUGCGCGUUUCACGUCGUUCACCUUUAACUCACCUGUGCACACGCACGCACACCUACGCGCGCACGUACCCUCUUCGAAACACACGCGAAUGCUCGCGCGCUCACUUAAACGCGUCUCGUUGUACAUGUAUGAAAAUAGCCUUAGAGAACCACUUGAUCCUCUAAGUUUCUAGUUACCGCGCGCGCUUUGAGGAAAAUGCGAAUGAGGGAACGCCCGUUAUGUUAUUACAAGUUGUGUUGCGAUCUUCAUAAAGAGAAAUAAACCUCGCAAUCAGGAAGUGUUCAAGUUAGCACGAUAUGGAAUUUACUUAGUCGAAAAGGCGAUCGUCGUUUUUCGUGUAAUUUCUAACGCGAACACGGCACGCUUUCCUGAAUAUACUUUGAUAUUCCUCGCGCUUCUAAUGUCGAUUCAUUAGAAACACAUUAAAAACACAUCUAUAGCUCAUUAUUUUUCUAAUGAAUCAGUACUAGAAGUAUCGAUAGGUUCAUUAUUCUUUUUUUUUACAUUGAUAUUCUAUUUCUUCUGCAAAGGAUAGGAUUAUAAAAUUUUCUAAAUUUUUUUAUAAAUUAUUUUCUCUAUCCCGAUGAAAAAUAUUUGCUUUUUCAUCACUUUCUUCAUAAUAAUUCAUUCGCUUGGUCCAUGUAGUGAAUAAAAAGUAUUCACUUCUAAUGUUAAAGAAAACGUAUCGGGUAUCACCCUCGAAAACAACUUUUUACUGGCUACUUUUGAAAUGAUCGAAACACAUGAGAAUAUCGAGAUGCACAGCCGCAGGCAAGGUGCAACGCGUGCAUUCGAGAUACACGGACGCAACAAUACGCUCCUUCUGUGGAUACGCUAUAAUUAAUUGUGCCCUCGCGGCUACAAUGGUGGCAGGGGGAUAAGAUUCUCGGUGCUACAUUAUACGUCAAAAACUAAAAAAAAAAAAAAAUCUACGACCACGCCAGCAUCGCCGCGCCCGGACGGGUAGCCCUUAUCAUAGCCGUGUUACGCGAAAGAGAGCAUAUUAUGGAAUUCGUUUAAUUAAAGCCCGUCUCGUUUCCCUUCGCGCGCCUCUACAUCCGAGUCGCGCGUCGGAGCUCCUAGGUAGGCUCGCAUGUUCACGGAUAAUUUGGAGUCGCAAUUCAAAAGACUGCUACUUGCAUCUCUCGUAAUCCGCGUCCAAGUAGAUUAGCUCGGUCACAUCGCUACUUAUCGCGGAACAUCUCUUAACAACGUUGCUCUUGGUUGUAAUAAGAAGACAAAUGCGAAGAAUCACCGCACGUAUUAAUCUACCUUACGUGAUGUGAAAAUAUCAAAUCUUUCCCCCUCCCCCUAUAUUUGCACUAUUAAUGAUCUAGACAUCACUUUAAACCACAUGAACAUAUAAAACACCUUAAAAUGCUUGUACAUUAUCAAAUAUUUAUUUUUAUUUCUGCUUAUAUAGAUUAUCAUAAUCAUACUGAAGUUUAGAUUAACUCUUUAAUGCAAAAUCCGUUAAUACACUUAAAACUUUGUACAAGCUAUUAAAACGAUAGAAGCAAUUGCUAUUUGUUUAUGAAACAACGAUUCCAAAAACCUGAAAAAUUUUUCUACCAUUAUUAAUGACUAAUAAUAGAUGAGAUAGUAAUUUUAAAAAAACAGCAUACAAGAGAGAGUUAGAAAAAUAAUUUUUUAACGACUUUGUAACCAUUAUACUCCAAGCAUCUUGCAAGUAUACCAUCAAAUUUACAUCAAGAAAUGUUCGCGAAUAAAGAUCAGGUUUCACGUCUAGUGCGAAAAAUGAAAGUACAAAAUAAUGAUUGCAUCCGUCCCGCAUAACCGGAUUAAGUAAACUCACAGUACUUUUUUUCCUUUCUCGAUACUUGAAACAAAUAAAGAUAUCAUCUUCAAAAUGAGAAAUGUCAUUUUUCUUUGAUUUUUCAAAAAAUAUUUCUUUUUUAUUCCUCAUCGCAUGACAAGCUACUUCAAGGGUUUUUCCAAUUUGUAUAGAAACUCGAGAUUAAUGCGAUCUGAUUUUAAGUGAAACAUUUUUAAAGAUGCUUUUGCUUCAAACAACCGGUCAACUUGUGACUUAAAAUAAAUGUUAUUGUUUGAAAUUUCACGAUCGUUAUAUAAUAACUUUUGGCUUGAACAUUAAAAAUUUAUCGCUGAGAUCUGUAAUGUUCAUUCCUGAACGUUCAACGGAAUUACUGAAUUCUUUCGAUCCAAGCUGUUUAAAAUGCAUCGUUUUCUUGUGUUUUAUUUGCGAAAUGAACGUACGUCGUCUCAAAAGCACACACGCAAAAUUUCCGAAGAGAUUUUCAAACCAUCGAUCGACGUUGGAUCGUGGGAAUUCGCGUGACUGAAUUCUCGCGAAUUUCUCUCGAGCCGGGCGUGCUUUUAUAAUGCUCUUUCGUACUAGGAUGGCUCGCGCGGGAUUCGACGAACGUCCCAGAACGAUCAUAAGAACAGCCCUGGGCCCGCCCUGGUCGGACGCGCUGCAUGUUCGUUCGAACCACGGGAUAUAUAAAUUAUACAUGUAAAUAUACGAGCGGCCGGCUCGAGAGAUCGAACUGUGAGAUAUCGAGAUAUGUGUUAGCGAUUCCCGCACCUUUCCCUCCCUUCAUAGGUCCCCCCUUGCCCCUCGAACUCGAGUUCGCACACACAUAUGUGCAUGCAAGAGAGAAUUCACGCACUACAAUGUCUCUGUCAUUCUUCGCGUAUCGCGACUAUCGCCUUUAUCCUACGCACGUUCCAUUGGCGGCGUCAACUUCGGUUACGAAAUAAUUAAAAAAAUCUUGAGAAUUCUACGAACUUGAUACACGUUCCAUCUUCUCUCAUAAAAUUAGCAUACAAAUUAUGUAUCGGUGAUAUAAAAAGUACUUCUUUAUCUAUUAAAAUGAAAAAUAUUAUACAUUAAUAAUAAAUUUAUUAAUGUAACAUCCAUUCUCGCAAAAUAUUUGAAUUUCAUUAAAAACCAAAGGAGCUCAAUAGAAAGACUCCUUUUAUUUUCAAUGAAAUUUAAACAUUUUGUGAGAAUGUAUAUUGCAUUAACAAAUUUAUUAUUAAUGUUAAAAGAUUUUUAAUAAAAACGAGCUUGCUUCAUAAAGAAGAAAUUCUUGUGAACUUCAAUCAGAAAAAUAGCAUGAUGAUGAAAAUAGUAAAUAUGAAAUUUUAUCGUAGAAAUUGUAGAUUGAACGCGGUCGUUCUUAUUAACAUCAACCUAUGACCUAACCGCUCUAGUUUUAUAAUUAUUCCCCGAGGAGGUAUUUUAAAGAUCGUGGUAAAACAUUGCACUGCAAUAUUUGCCGAUCUUGGCCGCGAUUCAUUGAUCCGUGCUAAUAGUUAUUAGUUACCGCUAGCAAUUCAUUCCACGCGUGUGCGUGUACAACGAGUGCCUUAUGUCGCAGCAAAGCCUGAUUAUGCACAAUCUAGUUGUACUUUGAACGCAGUCAAUGUCAACAUAUCGAGCGAGUCACUGUGCGUCUUAUGUCAUAAUUGCGAAACUUUAGGUAUGAAUGAUGCGCGAGGGAAGUCGUUGAUCACUUUAAUUAUUUAGUCAGCAAAUGAAACGAUUUCUCACGCAUUGAUGUAAUGAGUGCAUGUAUCUUGUUAUAUAGCUCCUGUAAAUUUUACAAAAUUCACGUAUUGUAUAUAUACAUAUUGUAAAUUAAAUGUAUUAGACAUCCGGCCGUAAGACGGCGCAAACGAUUGUAUUAAUGUAUGUAUAAAGUGGCGCAACAGAUAUCGGCCGUACUGAGACCUAAUUGUAAAAAUGAUUAACCACACUGAGAAAAAAAUCGAAAUAUUCAGAAGCAAAUGUUACUUAUGACAUUUCCUUCGAUAUUCAUUAGUUAUAAACAAAUUUUGUAUUUAAAUAAAAUUUUAUUUCAAUGAAAUAAAUUUAUAUUCCACAAAUAAAUUUUCAAGUAUUUUUUUCUCGGUGAAUUAAUGAAGAAUUUAUCAUCGCGAAAGCUUACCUACGAAAGCUUGCCGUUUCGAUCUCGAUUCCAUCGCUUAUUUAUCGAUACUAUAACGCGAAUAAGAUAUGGUUUUAUAUUUUAAUAUACAAAUAUAUCGCAAAAGAAGAACUUUACAUAUUCAUCGGCCGAUAUAUUUUCUGUGCGACAUUCAAACGUUCCUGCGAUUAUUGUACAAAUUGCCGACAUCGCGUUUUCUGAUGUAACGUUUUAAAACAUCAACGAGCAUCCGAGAAACUAGCGAGAAUUAGAAGAAUGUUGUUUUAUCUUAUCUUGUAAUUUAAAGUGCGAAAAAAGAUGUGUUAGAGUGAAAGUAAAACAUUUUGCAACCAGUAUGUUAAUAGCUGUCAUGAUACGAAGUGAUAGAAUUUAUCAUAGCGGUUAUAACCAUUAUUGCCCACAGGGAAUACAUAUGAAAUUUAUAUAGUACAUUCAAUGUUAUAAGUACGUUUUUAUAUAUACUAUUAUUUAUCCUGAUAAUAUUAAUUUCUAUUCAAUUUUAAUUGAAAAAUUAAGAAUUUUUUUAUAUUAUUAAUAUUUUCAUAUUGCAUUCAAAUUUAUUCUUUAAAAUAAAUUUAAUAAAAAAAGUUAUAAAUUUUUCUUUCAGUUUUAUUUCCAAUUGAUAAUAAUGUUACAAUGAAAUUGUAAUGAAAAUGUGUUGAUUUUUUUUAUUUCAUAUGUGAUCCCGUUAGUAACAUUUAACGUUUCUUGCCUAAGACAAAGUCACAACAAAAAUAAAAAAUGUAAUAUUGUAAGAAAUUUCAUAUAUUGUGAUAAAACUUGCCGAGAGAUGCCGCAUACGUGAUCAGUUUAGUUCACGCAUCGGAUAAUUCAAAAAAGUCAGUAUAUCAGUGAAAAGUGGAGCAAAAUCACUGAUAGAAAUCUAGUGUUGAUGAAAAUAAGAUACAUAGCAGAGAUUAAAUUGAUUUCCUUCUUAUUCACAUUAUAUCACCUGUAGCGGGAUUCUGUAACUCCUUAGCGACAAUUUGAUAUUGUUACAGCAUCGUUGCGCAGAUAUUAUACAUAGUAGAAAAGCUGUGCAACGACACGUAACGAUAUCCCUAGCUGUCGUUAAGAGUUACAGAAUCCCGUUACUGAGUUCUAAAAUUCGCGGGAGGUAAACUAUUCAUGAUCUUUAGGAGAUGAAUAUAAAUGUUUCGAUUGCCUAUUCAUGCUCUGACGAAGGCGCAUGCCGACAAUCGCCCGUGGGUAAAAGUUUCGAAUCAAUGUCUCAUAUACGCAUGUAUUUAGAACUUUGUUUUGCCUUCGUUAAAAUGCCAUUUGUCGUACUAAUAAAAUAAGUUUUUGUUAGAAGAGACAUGAGCAUGCUGGCCAAUCGUUUCCUUACAAUUUAAUUACGAGCAAUAAUGCUCAUAAUGUCCGUUUUCGAAAGUCCGUCCCAAUGUAAAUUACAUAUUUAGCACGAAUUGUAUAUAAGAUCACAAAUUGUAAAGAAACGCACUAUUUUAUUAUUUUAUUAUUGUAUAUACUGUAAUCUGAAAUUAUAAUCGAAAUCUUCGAAACUUGAAAUUGUACAGCACUAAUAAAAAAAUAUUUCAUGAUAGGCA